CUUGAUUUUCUUGUGUUUUUUCAAAUAUGCACACUGUUUUCGCAAAAGAGUCUGAGGUCUCACGUUAUGCGUUUCUGGCUGAUUAUAAUGAUAUGCACAAGACUUUUCUAAAGUUUCUAUCAUUUGUUGUUACUACUGACUUUAAGAGGAUUAGACUAACGGCUUUUUUUAAGUUGGUGCUUUGAAAUGUCUAAAUCACCAAUACCAACAGUGAAAGGACAAAUAUUUGAGUUAGGACCGAGGUUUGACAACGUUCAGUAUGUUGGGGAAGGUGCGUAUGGGAUCGUUGUAUCGGCGUUUGAUUGUCAACGUAAUGAAAAAGUGGCUCUGAAGAAAGUUUCCCCAUUUGAACACCAGACAUACAGUCAAAGAACGUACAGGGAAAUUUGGAUACUUAGUAGAAUGGACCAUGAAAAUGUUGUAAAAAUCCACGAUAUUAUAACGUCAAAUACAUUUGAAGAGAUGAAAGAUAUCUAUAUUGUUGAAUGUUUCAUGGAAACUGACCUGUGUCGCUUACUAAAGACACAGAAAUUAAGCAAUGAUCAUAUUUGCUACUUUUUAUAUCAAAUGCUUAGAGGCCUCAAGUACAUACAUUCUGCAAAUGUUCUUCAUAGGGAUCUUAAGCCAUGCAACAUCUUGUUGAAUGCAGCGUGUGACUUAAGAAUCUGUGAUUUUGGUUUAGCUCGUAUAGCUGAUCCAGAAUCAGAACAAUCGGGUACAUUAACAGAGUAUGUGGCUACACGUUGGUAUCGUGCACCAGAAAUAAUGCUUACAUCAAAAUUAUAUACUAAAGCAAUUGAUAUUUGGUCAAUUGGUUGUAUUAUGGCUGAAAUGCUUAGUAAUCGUGUUCUAUUCCCUGGAAAACAUUAUAUUGAUCAAUUAAACUUGAUAUUACAAGUUUUAGGUUCACCAUCAAAAGAAGACUUUGAAACAAUUGUAAAUCUUAAAGCUCGUGCCUAUUUAGAAUCAUUGCCACAUCGUACAAAAGUACCAUGGAAACAAUUAUAUCCAUACGCUAGUGAAUCAGCGCUGGAUUUAUUGGACAAAUUACUAUGCUUUGUUCCAUCACGACGUAUAACAGUUGAAGAUGCCUUAGCUCAUCCAUAUUUAGAACAGUACUAUGAUCCAACAGAUGAACCUGUCUUUGAACGUCCAUUUGUUCAACAACCAGAUAAUUUUCCUAAAGAAAAGUUAAAAAUUCUUAUAUGGGAAGAAAUUCAACGAUAUCGUAGUAAUAAAAAUAUCAAUGAUCUAGUUUAUAUUAAUAAUACAAAUGUCGAACAUAUAGAUGAUCAAUCAGAUGGUACAAUAACAUCAGGAAUUAUAUCAGUCAAUCAACAACAACAAUCUUAAUCUUAAUUCCAAAUUCCAAUCCACUAUUAUCAGAAUACAUUGAAUAUAUAAUGGUAAUUGAAUUGAUUCAAUUAUUUCUCAUUAAAUUAAUGUUUUAUAUUUCAAUUCAAUCAAUUGUGUGUAUGUGUUUGUCCUUUUUGGGUUUUUUUUUUCUUUUGUUUAAGAAUAAGAUUUUUUUUCUUCUCUUUUUUUUAAUCACCAAGCCUACUAUAUACAUUUUGUCUACAAAUUGCCUAUUUUGUAAAUGCCUAUUUAUUUACUUGUGUAUGCUUGUGCGUAUGUAUGUGUAUGUGAAAGAGAUUUAACACUUUGGACUAUAGUCAUUAAUAUAGAUUAUGAUAUUUUAAUGGUAAGUUCAAUGUGAACAUUUUAUCAUUGAUGAGGAUAACCAUGACGACCAGAAUGAUGAUGAUGAUGACGUCAUCAUGUCAAUUGUUACGACACUAAUUAAGUUCUUUUUUUUCUUUGUCUUUCUCUCUCUCUCUCUCUCUUUCUUCAUUAUAUCAAUCGAUAUAUACAUGUAUUGUGUCGUUUCUUUCAAAAGGAUUACAGUAUCUUUGAAUGUACUUCUCUAAGGUGAAUAUGAUUGAUUGGCAAAGAUCUUGCCUAAAAAAUUGUUUAAAGUAUAGUUUUAUGUAAAGAUAUUAUUAUUGUCCUUUUGUUUAUGAUAAAAAAAUUUCGUAUUCUCUGUUUAUACUACUUAUAGCCAAUUAAUCUUUUUUUUGUAAUGAAAAAAAAUGCACAGAAUGUUUAGCAUUUCUCUUUGUGUGUUUCAUUGAAUCAGUUCUCUAUUUGUUGUCAUGGUAACAGUUAUCAAAUAAAAUUAAACAUUAUCCCCUCUUUAUUGAUUUUCUUCUAAAUGUUAAUUCAUUAAGAAAAGAAUCAUUUAUAUGAAUCAUAUGUUAACUUAGUUAUUCCCAUUUCACUGUAAUGAAUAUCUCUGUUGCGUAAUAUGUGAAUGUUAUGCAAGAUUUAACCUUUUUUUAUAACUAAUUUUCAAUCAUUUGUUUUUCUCUAUUCAUUCAAUAUCACCCUUAUUUUUUUUUGUUCUUAUUAUAUUAUUCAAUGAGAUGAUAAUUUAUAAACGAUCAUUGACCGAUCACUGAAGUUGAUCUUGAAAAUAUUCACCUAGUUACUAGAGUGAUAAAGGAGUGUGGAAAAAAAGGAUUAUAAUUGAUUAUUA